AUGACGAAACGGCGUCGCUUUGAGCAUAUGUCAAGCUACAACGUAAACGCUGAAGACCGAUCAAACCAAACCGUAGUCGCCGAUCUUGAUGGAACCCUAACAUCCUCCUCGAGACCACUCCUCUACUUCCUCCUCGUGGCACUCAAAGCAGGAAGCUUGCUUCGUGCGUUGAUCUUACUCGCGUCCGUACCACUCGUGCACCUCACGUAUCUCUUCGUCUCCGAAAGCCUCGCCGUCAGAGUCGCCGUCUUUAUCACAUUCGCUGGCCUUAAGCUCGGCGACGUCGAGCACGUGGCUCGCCACGUCUUAGCAAGAGUCUACGAGAAAGAGUUGAAGCGGGACACGUGGCGUGUUUUCAAGGCGUUCGGGAAACGGUACAUUGUGACGGCGAGUCCUCGGGUCAUGGUCGAGCCGUUCGCUAAGAACUUUCUUGGCGCUGAUAAAGUUAUUGGUACGGAGCUUGGGUUCACAAGGUUUGGUUGGUUAACCGGUUUCGCUAGAAAACCGGGUGUCAUGUUGGGUAAGCAGAAACGCGACGCCGUUUUGAAGGAGUUCAGUGGUGGUGGUGGGAUUGGCUUACCUGAUUUGGGGCUGGGUGAUAGCCAGUCAGAUUACGCUUUCAUGUCUCUCUGCAAGGAGGCUUACAUGGUGUAA